UUUAGCGUUGAGCGGGGACCUAAAAAACUGUCGGACCGGAACCGGAUAUUGGAAAAUGCGUUCGAACUAAACUAAAAACAACAACGCAAACUCUGUGGAAGUCGAGGUGAGCGGUUUCUCGAAUCAAACGUGAAUAUUUUGCAAAUUUUUUUUUUCGCAAGUAUGUCAUCGGGCACUUUUGUUGUGUCAGCAUAUCAACUUUAAGGGCUAUGGAACUGAGCUAGCUUCAACAGUGUUUGUGUUGUUAGCAUAUGCUAAUCGGCAGAGCCAUGCUUUUUAUUCGUUCCUGCCUUCACAGUUUACUGUUGACUUUUACGUGAUUGUGGUUUUACACUGAAGUACUGGAGAGACGGGAACAGUGUCACAGUUAUUACCGAUUGAAUGCCCUCGGUGAGAAGUUUUUUCUUUCAACAAAUAACUGACAUCCGCAAAUAUUUGCGCCAUGAAUCCAUCCAAUCCGUUUGGAAGUCCACAAGGUGGAGCUUUCCAAGCCCCAAGUAACACUGUGAAGACUGGAUUGUUCCCAUCAUUUGGACAGCAAAGUGCUACCAAUCAGCCCCAAAAUAUGGGGUUUUUCCAGCCACCAGCAUUUGGACAGACCACACCUCAAGGAAACACCAUCUUCGGACAGACCCCUGCCUUUGGACAGCCGUCUACACAGCCUUCGACAAUAAACCCAGCUCCAGCAUUUGGACAGCAGUCAUUAGGAAUCGGCGGCUCAGGCUUUGGUAGUAGUACCGCACCAGCUUUUGGACAGACUAGUGGACAGAAUCAGAGUUCAGUCUUUGGUCAAACACCUUCAUUUGGACAGCAGUCUGCAUUUGGGCAGGCUCCAGGAUUUGGCCAGCAGGGAUUUACCAAACAGCCACCAGGGUUUGGUCAACAGUCUUCUGGGUUUGGAAACACGCAGAUGGCUACUGGCUCUACCUCUGCCAUAGGGCAACCUCAGCCACUGGGUUAUAGUCCAUCUGUGUUUGGACAGCCGUCUUCUACCAGCGUCACCACCAGUGUAUUUGGCACAGGUCCGAGUGUGACCCAGAGCGGAGGAGUCUUCGGAUCAACAAAGUUCAAGCCAGCCAAUGAGGCAGUGUUUAAACCCAUCUUCAGCGCCAGCCCAGAGCCCGCAACUACUUCAAUGUCCAGCUCACCUUUUGGCAGCAGUGGGUUCCAGACCAGCUCCAGCACCACCACCACUGGCUUCUCUCUGUCAACCGGGGCUAAGUCUGGACAGCUGGGCUUCAGCUUCUCACAGCCAGCUGCAGCUCCCUCCAUCUCUGCUCAGACCAAUCCACCAACAACUGGCAGCAGCAUCGCUCCUGCCAACACACUGCAGUUCACCUUUUCCCAGCCGGCCGCCCCCUCCAGCUCCAGCACAAAGCCAUCUACCACUGAGCCCACCACUCCAUCGUCUUUCAGCUUUUCAGCCAAAACCCUCCAGCCCCAGGUAGCACCUCUUUUUGGAGGAACCAGUUUUGGUCAGCCCUCACCUUUUGGUGACACCAAAGCUAAAGCAGAGACUAGUACAGAGGAGAAAGGGAGCACCCGUGACUCCUUGGGAGAAACAAAUGUAUUUGCACGACUUGGCAAAGGCACCAAGCGCAAAGAAGAUCCAGCAGCCCCCAGCACGGGCCCAGAGAAGCUUGCAGCGGGAGAGGAGGAUCUUCCAGCAGAAACAGAUUCACCAAGACAUCCUUCAAAGAGGCCACUGAUGAGGUCCCGCGGCCCUCUAGGAGGCUUAUUUGGCAGGGCAAUGAGUGAUCUGCGUCGAGAUGGCCCGAACACAGCGAAGAGAGAGGGUGCAAAGGAAGAGCGCCAGGGGGAAGAGGUCCAAGCUCAGGGUGAUGACCUACCCGCUGAACCACCCACAGCACAGGCACUGAGCAGGGAAGUGCAGGAAAAAGCUGAAGAGUCAGGCCCAGCACAACCCCCUGACUCAAACCUCGGCCUCUCGACCCCUGUUAGACGCGGCGUACGCACGGAGAGCACAGACAGUCUGGGCGGCGCGUCGCCCACCGACUGCACCGCCAUCCAGUGCAGGAACGUUCCUCCCGCCCUCAACAGGAAGGACGUCAUGGAGAAGCACUUUGGUCGUUUCGGCAAAGUCCGCAGGGUCAUCUGUCGGCCCACCAAGGGCCUGGUCAUUGUACACUUUGAUGAUCAUGCAUCAGCAGCAAAGGCAAAGAAGAAAGGCAAACAACUGCAUAGACACGAACUCCUUCUCUUGUGGCAGAGAAAGAAGCAGAGUCCAGGGGAAAAGGGGAGCAGACCUGCAUCAGGAAGGGAAGAAGGAAUGCAUGAAAGUCAGGAGGAAGCAGAGACCAAAGCUGCUUCCUCCCCACUCAGAAGAGCUGCAGUCCGAAUUCCUGCAGGCGGCAGCAGUUCUCCGGCGAAGAAGUCCUCAUUAAUCAAGUCUCUGCAGUUUGACUCUGAACCCCAGAAGGAGAGCAGCACAGAGUCCCAGAGCUCGGAGCGCCCGGUCCCCUCCUCCCUCCUCCCCCUCAUCGGCCAGCUGGCUGAGACCUCCGAGGACAAGUACCGCCUCCUGGAGCAGAGAGACAAGAUCCUGCGUCAAGGUCGGCCCAAGAGGACGGACCUGGACCUGUCAAAGGUGUUUGUGGGAACGUGUCCUGACAUGUGUCCAGAGAAGGAGAGGUACAUGAGGGAAACACGGAAUCAGCUGAACAUAUUCGAGGUCUACCCAGAUACAGAGAUGGUGGAUCACGCGGCAGCCAUUAAAGAGUACAGUCGCUCGUCAGCCGACCAGGAGGAGCCCCUGCCCCACGACUUGCGCCCCCUGCCGGUGCUCAGCAUGACCAUGGACUAUCUGGUGACUCAGAUCAUGGACCAGGGCCACGACAACUACCGGGACUGGUACGACUUUGUCUGGAACAGGACCCGCGGCAUCCGCAAGGACAUCAUCCAGCAGCACCUGUGCUGCCCACACACGGCGGCUCUGAUCGGGAAGUGCACGCGCUUCCACGUGCACUGCGCUCACCACCUCUGCGAGGAGUCCAUGUCCACUUUUGAUGCCAAGAUUAACAACGAGAACAUGACAAAGUGCCUCCAGAGUCUCAAAGAGAUGUACCAGGACCUGGCCAUGCGCCAAGUCUACUGCCCCCUAGAGGCGGAGUUCCGCCAGUACAACGUGCUGGUUAAACUCAACGACGGCGACAUCCUACGUGAAGUGCAGCAGUUCCGUGACGAGGUGCGCAAUUCCCCCGAGGUGAAGUUUGCCGUGCAGGUGUUCACUGCAGUCAACAGCAACAACUUUGUGCGCUUCUUCAAGCUGGUGAAAGGAGCCUCGUACCUCGCCAGCUGCCUCCUGCACAGAUACUUCAAUCAGGUCAGAGCUAAGGCCUUGAAGACCUUGAACAUGGCCCACACUGUCGGUCCACGAUCCACUGCGUUUCCACUUGAGGACAUAGAGCGAAUGUUAAUGUUCCGCAACACUGAAGAGGCAACUGACUUCAUCCAGCAGUACGGCCUCAAUGUCAAUGAUGGUGUGGUAGAGCUGAGUCGGGUAGCCUAUCAGGAGCCAGAGCUGCCUCUGUCCCAGAAGAAGUCUGAGGUCAUCCUCGCCAAGAAGACGGUGUUGAUUGGAGAGGUGGUGAACGGAGGGCCCCUCCCCGGCCCCCCCCAGCACACCCCCGUCUGCAGCUUCGACUCCAACAACAAGUACCGUGGAGAAGGUCCGCUGGCUCAGCCCGCUCCGGGCUUCUUUAAAGCCAAGGUGGAGGUUAAGGCACCACCCAGCACGGAGGUGCUGCCUCAGGUGGUUCCAGACAUGCCCACUGCGUUUGGGUUGCCUGCAGCUGUUCCAGAUGAGACGGGAGAGACCAGUGAACCGUUCCAGAGCUCGGCCGUCCCAGCAGACACCCAGCAGCUGUUCCAGUCCAUCCCUCAACCUCAGCCUGUCAAACCACCAUCACCUCCACCCAAACCGCAGCCGAUGUACAGCAAUGAGGACAUUAUGGCUGAACUGGACUCUGUGAUUGAAGAGGUGGUUGAAGCAGCGGUGAGGGAGGUAGCUGAUGUCGGUGCCAACUACGCUGCAACUGCUCUUUUGGAGAGUGCUGUGCAGGUGGAGUCUCUUGUCAGUGAGGUGUUGGGACAGAUGCUGCAGGAGGUUUCCUCCUCUGAGAUCAAGCUGGAACAGGAGCGUGUCACUGAAGAGAAACGCAAGCUUGAAGAAGCCAGGAGGAGGCAGGAGCACGAGGCCUUCCUGGUUCAAUUCAGCUUCUCUCUCUGCAAAGAGCUUAUUUACGAAGUUAUAGAUGAGACCGUCAAGGAGACAGCCACCUCUGAGAUCAAGGAGGCAGUGAAUGAGAAGGCAAACCGUGUAGCUAAAUGCACAGAGCAGGUCUGUAGCAGUUUAAUUGAAGAGACUCUGAAUGCAGACAUCGCUCUGUUGGUUGAAGGCAUCCUUGAUGUUGAGCUGCAACGCAUCCACAAGUACAUCAAAAGGUGGCGUGACGUGGUAGCAGUGCGUCGGCAGCUGAAGAGACAGAUGAGAGGUUUCCCUGCAGCUCCCUGCUGUGUGGACCCUCGAUUUAAACUGAAGGCUCUGGUUCCCAGCGCCCCUGCACAGCCCUCCAUGGCAGAUCUGGCCCGUGGUCUGGUCAAUCUGGGAAACGCCGGCACCCUGGCCCUCUCCAGCACCAGGUUGCUGAAAGUGAGACAAGAAGUGAUCCACCAGAUGAGAGUCCACUACUACUAUCAGCAGCUGCUUGAUGAGACAGUGUGGGCGCCACUCGACCUUCCAGCACUGGCGACUGAAAAUAUCCCCAACCCGCCUGAACGGAUCUUCUGGAAAGCUGUUCUCCUCCUACCCAGUGACCAUGAGAGUGUAGCCAGCCUGGCAGACAGGAUCUUGUCAGACUGGCUGGAGGUGAAGCUUGGUGGCAGCACGGAGUCAGAGGUGAGGGAGAAGCAGCAAGAUGGCACACUGCAAACCCUCUGUGUCAUCAACACACUUCAGGAUAAAGGACAAGACACUCACAAAGUCCAUAUCAGCAUCAAGGCGUCCCGAGGCCCUCUAACUGAAGACGGCUUGUCCAAAACGGAGGAGUGCUGUGAGCUCCAGGGAACGGCUGCGCUGAUCAUGCUGCUCCCCGCCAUGCCCCUCCUGGAGCCUGAGCAGGAUGAGCAGGACGUUCCCCUGCUGUCAGCUCUUCUUCAGCUCAAACAGUUACAGCAAGCCAGCGCCUGGCACUGCCCACUGCCUCUAGUCAUCUUGGUGCCAGGGCCUGAUUGUGGCACUAGUGACACACACAAACUGGAAGAAGCCCUGAUGCUGCACACAAUGGUCCAGGAAGGCCUGAUAUCAGAGUACACAUUCCUCUUCAUACCAGAGACCACAAGUGACCUGCAGGGAUCCAAACAGCUGAGCCAGGCUACACGCUGGCUGCUGGCCCGUGCUCCUCCACCCUUCCCCCUCUCCUGUCAGACCCUGGUGCAGCUGGUAGAGGCCAGUCUGAGUCGAGAGUUCAGUCCCAGAGUUCACGGCCACCGCCAGGACCGAGCCGCCGCAGGUCUCCCUCCACAGGACCCCGCGCCCGUCGUCCAGCUGUACAACGCCGUGCUGGCUCACAUCGCUGACAGAGUGUCGUCCCAGGAUCUCAGCAGACUGUCAUGGCCGCCUGGCGAGUUCUGCCUGCCUGAUACGCGUGACUUUGUCCCUCAUCAGGGCUGGAACUCUGCUCAGCACCUGGCCUGGCUUCGUGAAGCCAUCCUCAGCCUGCAGCUGCCUCAGUGGGAGCAGCUCCCGACCACAGACUCGUGGUCUGAGCUCUGCUCCUCCAUCUUUCGCUACGCUGCUCAGAUCCCAGUCUCACGCCGCAGUCAGCCUCUCCUCAUGUCACGGCUGGAGAACCUACUAGAGAGGGUCAGGCUCACAGGACACCAUGCCCGAACCCCAGGAUCCAAGGUAACCAGGAACAGGCUGGACGUCGGAGACCAGGAUGUGUCUCCAGACGGUCGUAUUCCCUGGGACGACAUGCUGGUGAUAUGCAUUGACCACAAGCUGAAAGACUGGCAGAUCCCUGGACCACCUGUCUGUGAAGACGCUGUGACGGACGAUGGGGAGAUCCUGGUUUACCUUCACACAGAGUCACUGAAGGGUUUCCAGCCACCGGAGGUAUGGACCCAGGCUGUCAGACAAACCCACAGUGAGAAGCAGCAGGAGAGGGAAGGGGCAGGUGCAGCUGCUUCUGCUACUUCCAGCAGUCUGUCCAUCAGACAGAGGUUGUUCCACAGUCUGGUGGAGCCUCUUGAGGCCCCGACAGCCCCGCUGGACAUCACACACACUCCCACAGCACAGGAACUACUGGCCCACACAGUCCUCAGGGGCUUAGAGGAGGAGAAGGCUGAGAGCAAAAGGAGCAUGGAGCAGCUGCAGCGUUGGCUGGAUGGUGACCCCUUGGACCACCUGUCCACACCCCUUUUCCUUCCAUCCUCCACUCUGUUGUCGAUGCCCACAACCAUAAUGCAUGCACCCACAGCCAAGACGAGAGACUGCGCUCUCACACAGGAGCCUGAUGAUCUUUUGGACAGAGCAGACCGGCCUAAAUCCAAGCCUCUAUCUAUGGCUUUGCGGAUAAAGGAACUUGAGCAACAGAUUUUGGCGAGCCACGAGGAAGAACUGGCUUGCAGACUGAAGCUGAGUGGUCUGCUGAGCAUUGUUGAUGACUGACUAUCAAAGGAAAUAAAUAACAAUGCAGAUAUGGAAAUGCUGGACAAAAACACUUCCACCUGCAGUGAGAGACUACUUUGGGAAUUUCUCAUAUUUUAGUCUGUUGAAGUCAUUGAUUUCAACAGUGUGUUUUUAUUUUAUUGUUUGUAUUUAGGUCUAAGAGGUUUCAUUUUGUACUGUAUAUUUUGCAUGUGUAACUUGAAAGUGUGUAUGCCUGUGUGUGUGUGUGUGAAAGUGUAUUUGUGUGCUUCUUGUGAGGACAAGUCUGUCAAAUGAUCCUUUUCCUGUCUGUCUUUAAUAUGCUUAUAAUUACUUUGUGUUUGUAAACCCAGCUACAACCCAUACAAUGGCUUCAUUUUGAGCCAUUUAUUUUUUAUUGUUGGGUUAUUAAAUCAUCUAGCUCACAGCUAAAUACUUAAUAAAAGCGUUAUUUUUCAAUUAAA